ACCAACAGUCCAAAACAAAGAUGUUCAGUUCAUUACCACAGAAGAAGAGACUCAUUGUUGUCGUUGUUGAUCAGGUGACCAUGUCGGUGCUUGGCUCCGCCCCCAGCAGCGCCGACGCCUGCCUCAGCAUCGUCCACAGCCUGAUGUUCCACCGGCAGGGAGCCGAGAAUGAGGGCUUCGCCAAGCGGGCCAUCGAGAGUCUGGUGAAGAAGCUGAAGGAGAAACGGGACGAGCUGGACUCCCUCAUCACCGCGGUCACCACCAACGGGGUCCACCCGUCCAAGUGUGUGACCAUCCAGAGGACGCUGGACGGACGGUUGCAGGUGGCGGGUAGGAAAGGCUUCCCUCACGUGAUCUAUGCCCGUCUGUGGCGUUGGCCCGACCUCCAUAAGAAUGAGCUGAAACACAUGAAGUUCUGUCAGUUUGCGUUCGACCUGAAGUACGACAGCGUGUGUGUGAACCCCUACCACUACGAGAGGGUGGCGUCACCCGCCACAGGUCCUCCGUCUCUGAUAAAGGAGGAGUUCAUGCAGGACUGUCUGCAGGUGGACCUGCCCCCCCACUCUGACCCCUACAGCAUGUAUCCCAGCAUGCCCCACUCUCCUCCAGGCAGCACCUCUAUGACGGCUACACCUCUGUCAGCUGUUGGCUGUGGGAGGAGCGGUGGGGGGGUCUGCAGCAAGGGCCCCGGACUCCUUCAGAUCGCCCCGCCUCAGAACCACAGGGACCACGCCUCCCCGCCUCACCCCCCUUUGCCUCCUCACCCUCACACCAACACCUCCCCACACCAGCCCGACUACAGCAGCCCCCCCAAAACUGCCAUCUGGCCAGGUAAUAGCCCCGCCCCCUACAGCCCAGCAGGACAGAGAGGGCGGAGCCACCAGCAGCCUCCGUUACAUCAUCACCACCACGCCCCCAACACUCACUUCUGGUCACACCACCACAGUACGGCUCCGUAUCCACAACCUGUGUCCAACCACCCAGGUCCAGAGUUCUGGUGCUCCAUCUCUUACUUUGAGUUGGACGUUCAGGUCGGGGAGAUGUUUAAGGUCCAGUCCAGCUGUCCUCUGGUCACGGUGGACGGUUACGUCGACCCUUCAGGAGGAGACCGUUUCUGUUUGGGACAGCUGAGUAACGUCCACCGCACCGCCUCCAGCCACCGAGCCAGGCUCCACAUCGGUCGGGGAGUUCAGCUGGAGUGUCGGGGGGAGGGGGACAUCUGGAUGCGUUGCCUUAGCGACCACCCGGUGUUUGUCCAGAGCUUGUACCUGGACCGUGAGGCGGGCCGAGCACCUGGAGACGGAGUCCACAAGAUCUACCCCGGAGCUUACAUCAAGGUGUUCGACCUGAGGCAGUGUCACAGACAGAUGCAGCAGCAGGCAGCGGCAGCUCAGGCAGAGGUGGUGACUCAGGCAGCAGCGGUUGUCGGUGCGAUUCCCGGGCCGAACAGCGUGGGGGGGAUCGCCCCUGCAGUCAGUUUGUGUUCAGCAGGUCUCGGUGUGGACGACUUGCGUCGGUUGUGUAUCGUGCGGCUGAGCUUCGUUAAAGGUUGGGGGUGCGACUACCCGCGUCAGAGCAUCAAGGACACGCCCUGCUGGCUGGAGGUCCACCUGCACCGAGCGCUGCAGCUGCUCGACCAGGUGCUGCACGCGCUGCCGCCACGAGACCACGCCCUCUGACACAGGUGGGCUUCACCUGUGUGGCUGCAAGGUGGGCGGGGUUUAGUUCACCGGACGGCCAAUUGGCCGAGAGACAAAGCCGUUCGGGAGACGUCACUUGAACCCCGUCACCGCCUCCUUGUCGGGGGGUUCAUAAACUCCGCCCACGCGCCGCAGCUCAUUGGUUCGGUUCAGAAA